AUGCCAGUCGCGGUCGCCUCGAGGGCUUCGGCCGGCGCUUCUCGCCGUGAGGCCGUCGAGAAGCCGCGCAAGGAGAUCACGCAUCCGACCUUGCUCGCCCUGCACGCCUCCAUCCCGCCUCUUUUCCAACAGGCGCAGCACAGCCUUGCCAACCAUCGCAAGAACAUCGUCUCGCUUCAUCGCAUCCACCUCAAGGUCGCCGCCAUCACCGAGCCCGCCUCCGACGGCCGCGUGAGGCCCAUCGGCGAAAAGGCUUUCAACGAGAUCUUCGUAGGCUGCCUCGAUCGCGUCCUGCCCAUCAAGAAGGGCGUCCCCAACGCCGACCGCAUCUGCAAGUUCGUCGCCGGAUACGUCACCUAUGCUCAGGAGCAGUUCCGUCUGCAGGCACGCGCCGACCGCGCUGCAGCUCGCAAGGAAGCCGGUGAGCCAGAGGAGCAGGAGGACGACGACGAGGAAGAGGAGGACACCUCGGCCACCAGGUUCACCUCGCUCCUCCUCAAGCACCUGCUCAAGGGCUUCGUAUCCAAGAACAAGAAUGUCCGCCUUCGCUGCUGUGGCUGCAUCGCCCUACUCAUCAACGGUCUAGAGGCCGUCGACGAGAAGCUCUUCCAGACGCUCAAGUCCUUCCUCCUCUCCCGUGCCAGGGACAAGGAGGCAGCUGUCCGUGUACAAGCCGUCAUUGCCCUCACCAAGCUUCAGACCGCCGACGAUGACGAGGACGAGGACUCGGAAGACAUCAAGCAAGCCCUCAUCGAGACGCUCCGUUUCGACCCCAGCGCAGAGGUGCGCCGAGCCGCCCUCUUCAACCUCACGCCCGACGAGCAGAAUUCGCCCCUCCUCCUGGAGCGCCUGCGCGACAUUGACCCCAUCAACCGCCGCUGCGUCUAUCUCGGCAGUCUCACCAUGAUGCUCAAGGCGCAGCACAGGUCGCUCCAGGGCGCCGCCUCUUCGCAAGCCGGGCCUUCACGUCUCGGUCUCGAUAUUGAUGCGGCCGGAGAGGUCGUCCGCGUCGGCAUGGGCGAACGAGAGCCGAGCGUCAAACGUGCCGCUCAAAAGCUCGUCACCGCCUGGUUCGACGCGUGCGGCGGCGACCUCGUCGUCUUCCUCAACCAGUUCGACGUCGUCGCGUCCAAGCACAUCGAGGCAGCCCUCAUGAGCAUCUUUGAGAGCCGCCCGGCCAUCGUCGCCCAGGUGUCUUUCGAUGCCGACGAAUUCUGGGCCAAUCUCGCUCCCUCCACCGCCUUCCUCGUCCGCGUCUUUGUCGACUACUUCCGUCGCACCAAGAACGAUCGCCGCCUCGAGGAAUGCCUUCCCAUGGUCACUGCGCUCGCCUUCCACAUCCAGAAGGAAUACGAGGGCCUCGUGCAGCUCAUCGAGCAGUACAACGUGCUCUCCAGCAGCGCGCUCGCUCCAGCAGACGAGAUCGAAAUCGUCGCCUUCACCAUCCGCAACAAGACCUUUGUCGUCUCGCAGCUGCUCGGCAUCGCGCUCGCCUCCGACUACGGCGACGAGAUCGGAAGGAGAAAGAUGUUUGGCCUGGUGCGCGACAUGAUCUCGGACGUCGAGCUGCCCGAGGAUCUGGUGCCCACUUGCCUCGAUGUCCUGCUCAAGCUGUCCAACGGACAGAGGGACUUUAUGCGCAUGAUCGUCGAGAUUGUCCAGGUGCUCGGAGCCGAGGACGAUGACGAGACGAUCGUAUCGGACGACGACGACGCUGAGGACACCAUGAGCAUCGAUGGCACGCCACUGGCGCGCAAGAAGCCGCGCAAGUCGAUCAAGGCCAAGGAUGCGCCGUCGCAGAAUGCGCUCGCCAUCGAGCAUCGGCGCCUGACCAUCGUCCGCGCCAUGCUUGAACGUGUCGUCGGUGCGCUCCAGGAAAACACGGCCUUCCACGGUCUGCUUCCCCAGCUCAUCGCGCCGGCGGUGCGCUCCAAGGACGCGCCCGUACGUGAGCUCGGCCUGACGUGUCUCGCGUUGUGCGGUCUGUUGGACCGCAAUUUGGCGCUCGAAUAUUUCCCACUCUUUCUCCAACAGGUGCAGCAAGCCGAAGGCGAGAUCAAGCUGCGGGUCGUCCAGGCCGUGUUCGAUCUUCUGAUCUGCCACACCAUCCCCUACCUGUGCUCGUGCAACCCUGCGGGCGAAGAAGCGGGCAAGCGCCAGAUCGUGGCCUAUCUGCUCAGCUUGCUCGAGGAUGACGAUGCAGCCAUCCAGAGCGCAGCAUGCGAGGGCAUGGCCAAGCUCAUGCUGACCGGCAUGGUCGAAGACGACGAGGCGCUCAAGAGUCUCGUGCUCAUCUACAUGUCGCCCGAGACCAUGCAGAAUCAGGAGCUGCGCCAGUGCCUGUCGUACUUCCUGCCCGUCUAUUGCGGCUCGUCGAGCUGGAACCAGCGUCGCCUGCAGCGCGUAUUUGUGUCGGUGCUGCAGGUGCUCACCGAGGUGUAUGAAGAGAAGGACGAGGACCAGGAGAUGGUAACACCCAUGCAGGUCGGUCUGCAGCUGCUCGACUGGACCGAUCCGGACAAGGUCAUGAUGGUCGCUGGUCGCGUGCGCGACGAGACGGUGCACGUGGAUGUGGCCAUCGACCUCAUCAAAGCCAUGUACACCAUCGAAGAGAAGGACCAGCGCAAAGUCAUGUGCCAGCUGCUCGGCAAGGCAUUCCUCCCCGACGAACUGCCCGACGCGAAGGUCCAGGAAACUCUCAUCCUGCUUACGGGACUCAAGGAACUCAACCCGCUCGAGGACACUGUCUCCAAGAAUGCACUCGGUCGCUUCGAGGCUGCGUUCGUCAAGGCGUAUGCGGCGCAGUGCGAAGCUGGACUCGAUGGCCUCGACCUCGACUCGACGCCGGCGUUCGGCGGGCUCAAAGCGUUCUUUGACGCGAUUCGCGUCGAUGUCAACGACGUCAUCGCAGCUCAUGCCGAGUCGGCCGCAAAGGCUGUCAAAGCUAGCCGAAAGUCCACCUCCAAGUUGGCGUCGGCGCGAAGCUCCGCUGCUGCGGCCGGCAAGAGCGGCGCAAGGCGCAAGGUCGCCGACAGCGAGGAUGAAGAUGAUGAUGCCGAGGACGAUGACGAGGACGAGGAAGAAGAAGAUGACGACUAG